AUGGCCUUGCUCAUGCUACUACUCGGACAAGCGAUGCAAGUACAGCGCCUGGCCUCCAAUCUUAGCCAUCCAGAGGUGAAACAAGACAGGGAUCAAAUGAGCACAUGGUCCCUUGAGGAGCCAGAUGCUGCUGGAGCCCAGCUUGCCCUCACUAUGCUUCCAGAGCAGCAGGUCUUUUGCUUUGGGGAAGCUGUGAUGUACCUGUCUCGCAAGACUGGACAAUGGAUCCCUGCCGUGGUACAAGGCCACGUGAUGGUUGGCAAGGAGCUUCAUUACAAUCUGGAUGUUCAGGAAUCUGCUCAUCCAAGCCGGGUAAUGCCCAGGGAUUCUCCACCCAGCCAAAUAAGCCUGGCCCAGCCAACCGAUGAGGCUCCUUCAGGUCAACAUGAAGUCUUGUGUUUUGGGGAGCAUGUUCAGUACCUCUCUAGGAGCACUGGUGAAUGGAUUCCAGCGAUCGUUCAGGGCCACUUAAUGGUCGGGCAAGAGCUUCACUACAACUUGGACGUGCAGGAGGCAGCUCCUCCAAGCCGUGUGAGACCAUUCAAAGACUCCAAAGAUUUCAGUCAUGCCAUACCUGGUUCCAAUGCACUGACAUCUGCGCCAAACAGCAAACCAAUUUAUUCAAGUGCUGCAGCAGAUGCAGAGCAGGCACUUGUCAAACCUUCGCCUCCAGCUAAUCAGGUGUGCCCUCCUGCUGUGGCCCCUCGCCCCAAGGCAUCUUCCCGCAAGACGCUGGCUGAACACUUAGAAGAGCUCCGAGGAGAGCAGGCAGAGCCGCCGUUGAAAGAGGCUGAACGAGUUGAGCGACCCUCGGAACUCUUCAGUCUGAAAACUUUCUUGGAUGAACCUCACUUUGGAGCUUCCACUGACAUGUCCUUGAAUCUGUCUCUGAACAAGCUUGAAGCGCAAGAACAUGUUGAAGAAAAGGUGUGUCAACACCAGAGCAGUGUCCCACGAGUUGACCGAAUAUCGGAUCUCUUCAGCCAGAAAAGCUUCCUGGAUGAGCCGCACUUUGGACUCCGCACUUCUGAUAGCUUGAUGUCCGAUCGGAAAAAGGAUCUCGAAUCCUGCAGCGAUUUGGAGAAGCAAGCUAAUUCCCUGUGUCGAAUCGCUCCAAUCAGCAUCAUGAAUGUGCUCACCGUGCAUGCGCUCCUGACUCAAUCCCUUCGAACACCACGAAGGAAGCUUCCGAUCCGAGCAGAUGCUGCUGGCCUUCUGCAGCUGGGCCCACGGGUCUCGGAAGCCGCCGUCCGGCGAAAGGUGCAGCCGCUCCUGAAGGCCUGGAAGUGGAACCCAGAGUUGGCAACCCAUGUGCUGAAGACGUUGGCGAAGAGUAGCUUUCCGGUCAUGAGCCUGCAGACAAUGAACAUCCUGCGGGCCAGUGAGGUAACACCCUUGACGGCCCACUACAACGCUGCACUUGGUGCUUGUGUGGAGCAAAAGAGAUGGAAGAUUGCCUUCACCCUGUUCAACAUGAUGCGACAGGAUCAGGUGGUGGCCAAUGAUGACACGGUGAAAGAGAUCAUGGGCUCUUGCUCAUGGCCAAAAGCCAUGACCAUGUGGAUGUUGCUACGCAAUGCGCCAGGGCUCAGUGUGACCUCGCACAACCACGUGAUGGGGGCCGUGGGGCCUUCCGCCCCUGCAACUGCGCUGGAGAUUUUCCACAACUUCGCACAGGAUGGCGUGGUUGCGGAUGCCAUGAGUUUCAACGAGGCCAUCGCGUGUUAUGGACGCUUGGGGCAGUGGCAGGAGUCGCUCCAACAGCUGGAAGAGAUGUCGAAGAGGGACCUGGUUCCAGAACCGCGUCACUUCAGCUCCAGCAUCACAGCUUUGGGGCUGUGCUCAGAAUGGCAACGCGCUUUGUGGCUGUGGAGAGAUGCGAAGGACAUAGCUGAUGCUGAGGGCUUUAGCAUUAUGGCCACUGCCUUGGCCUCCUCAAAGCAAUGGAUGGAAGCGCUGGAGGUUCUCGCAGACAUGAGAGAACAGGACUUGGAUCCAACAGGCCGAAUGUAUGCUGCAAUGGAGCAAGUGGUCGAACGCUUUCGUCAGAGCAGACGGAGAGCAAGGGUUUCGCCCAGUCGGAAAAGAUCGAGUUCAGACAUGCAUUGUGUAAAAAACAUCCUUCCACGACAUGGUAGGAGCAAGGACGCUACUAGGAGCAAAGGGCAUCGCUACUAG